UGCGUGGUUUCGUGCGUCACCACUACCCACCAUUAUAAUCUUCGCCGCCCACUGCGCACGUGCAUCGAUGGCUUCGAGCUUCUCUGUAUAUGCGCGACCGCGGCGCAUUGCGCCCCGACGCAUCGCGCUGGUGGUGGCUGUGUGCGUGUCUGAUCUGCUGCUGACAGGUCUCGUAUUCGGCUGGGCGCCGUUGCUCCUGCUAUUACAGGAAGAGGGUCAGUACCACGAGCUGUGCGCAGAUCCAAGUGAGCCCACAUGUGUGGCACAGGAGAAUCGCCUUAACCUCAUCUUUGCUGUGGCCUCGGUGGCCAUGAACGCGGGUGCGCUGCCCGUCGGCUUGUUCCUGGAUCGCGUAGGACCCCGCGUGACUAUCGUGGUGGCUGCCAUCAUCGAAGUAUCUGGCCUGUCAAUGCUGGCCAUCGCGGACUCACAGACCUUCGACGUGUUCGUGCCAGCCUACGUUCUCAUCGCCUUCGGAGGCUGCAUCACCAUGAUGGCGUCGUUUCCGGCCAGCUUCCUGAUCAUGCGCUACCAAACGGCGAUCCUUGCGGCCAUCAGCUGUCUCUUCGACGGCAGCAGCGUCAUGUUCCUCGUGCUUUACGCAGCCCAUGAACAAUUCGGGUGGACACGCAGGCAGUUGCUCCUGGGACUGGCAGUGAUGUCUGCAGGCGUCUAUUUGCUGUUGAUUUUCCUCUGGGGGCUAAACGAGAAGAGUCUGCGGCCGAAGCGGAAGCCCGGCGUCAACAACAACGGUGUCAUCGUGUCAACGCCGCAGCACGAGCAAUUGCUGAAUGGCCAGGCCAGCGAUAGUGCGUACGGCAGUGUGGAGGUACCGCAAAACACGCCCACUCGGAUCCCGUCCACACCUACCAUGGGGAAGGAAGAUGACGCAGCUUUCCGCCUUGUGGAUAUUGAUCUAAGAAAGCAGAUGAAAUCGUUGGAGUUCGCGUACAUCGUGGUGUAUGCAGCUGUACAAGUUCUACGCGCGACUAUCUACAUUGGUACAGCAAACAAGCUGCUAGAGAACUACGGCGACCGUGAGCAUGGCUACCUCUACACCAAGAUCUUCAGCUUCAUUCUGCCGAUGGGCUUCCUCUUUGUCCCAUCCAUCGAUUAUCUGGUGGAAACGCGCGGUUUGUCGAAGGCUUUACUAUUCACGAAUGUGCUGGGAGUGCUUUACAACGUGAUCGAGUUGGUGCCAGUUCUCCCGCUACAGUGUGUGGCCUUCUUCCUCUUUACCGCGUUCCGUGCGUUCCUGUACGCGAUCAUCUCAGCCUUCACGGCAAAGACAUUUGGUCUCAAGAAUAUGGGCUCCUUAAUGGGAAUUAUCUUUUCGAUCGGCUCCGUCAUAAGUCUGGCCGAGUACCCGGCGGUAUAUAUCUCCAAUGUGCUGUUUCGUGGCGACUUGACAGUGCUGAACGUGAUCUCGCUACUGUCCUGUAUGUUAAUGAUCCCGUUGACAAUGUAUUUGCGAAAGUAUGAGCACGACCGCGAGGAGAAGCGCCGAGCAGAGAUCGCUCUCGAGACUGGUGUUGCACAUAACCACUGUGAGCGCGAGACGUACUCGUCGCUCAUGGACACUCCGACUCUAGGUGUGACGUAUCUUCGAUCACCUGGUAACGCACCGCACAACGACCCAUUCUCGCCUGAGUAACCCGCAGUAUGAUAGCAGUAGUUCUUAGAGGUAGGUAACAAAUUGAUCCUUGUCAACCACUUCAACUUCGAAUGGGUACAUGUGUCC